GCAGUAACUGCUGCCGGCCUGGAGCGGGAGCCGCGGCCCCCUCCCCCAGCCGCGCCAUGGCUGACGCGUUCCGGAGGGCGGAGUCGGGCACUCAGCUACUUGCACGACUUGAGGGCAGAAGUUCUCUGAAGAAUCUUGAACCUUAUCUGUUUGCUGAGGAAGCAUCUCCUGUUCACGGUGAUGUCAUUGAAUUCCAUGGUCCAGAAGGAACAGGAAAAACAGAAAUGCUUUAUCAUCUAAUAGCCCGCUGCAUCAUUCCAAAAUCAGGCGGAGGACUGGAAGUAGAAGUCAUGUUCAUUGAUACAGACUACCAUUUCGAUAUGCUUCGUCUAGUUACCAUUCUUGAGAACAGAUUGGCACAAAGGACGGAAGAAAUGAUAAAGCAGUGCCUGGGAAGGCUUUUUCUUGUGAACUGCAAUACUAGCACUCAGUUACUCCUCACUCUGUACUCUUUAGAAAACAUGUUUUGCACUCACCCCUCUCUCUGCCUUUUGAUUUUAGAUAGCAUAUCAGCUUUUUAUUGGAUAGACAGAAGCAAUGGAGGGGAGAGUCUUAACUUGCAGGAGAUGAAUCUGAAGAAAUGUGCUAACUUUCUUGAAAAGCUUGUGAGAGAGCAUCACUUAGCCCUCUUUGCAACAACACAGACACUUAUGCAGAAAUCUACAAACUCUGCAGAAAGCUCUUUUCCUUUAAAACUUCAACAUGAAACAGAUACAGACUACAGACCUUAUCUUUGUAAAUCAUGGCAACAAAUGGUAACCCACAGGAUAUUUUUCUCUAAGCAAUGUAAUUCUGGCAACAGCAAAGGUUUUACAGUCAUUUCUUGCCACCUCAAAAGAAACCAUGUAGUAAAAUGUUCAUUUAGCGUUGCAGAAUGUGGAGUUCAGUUUUAACUUCAGUUUGUUUUUUAAAUGUGUAACAAAUCCUGGUGCUUAAGGCCUGAUUAGGUCUAAGUAGUUUUUAGUACCUUUUAAACUAGUUGGUUGUUGCUGGGUGAUUAAGAAUUUUUGUCACCGUUUUCUUAAAAUUUAGUGAAGGGCAGGAAAUGGUAACAUUUUUGAAUUACUGUAGACGUUCAGUCCAAACUAGUGAGGAAUGUUGAAAUUACUUGUUUGUGCUUAAUGCAUAAAGAGAUUAAAUCAAGAAAAUUAUAACCAAAGACAUUUUAAACUCCUAGUAUCCUUCAGUAAUCUAACCUCCGUGAUAAUGCAGCCAAAUGCACUGACUUCAUCUCUGGGUCUUACUGCUUGACACUGCUCCUCUUCCAAGCUACAGAAAUAGGAGCCUAGUUGUCCCUGGGGAAGACUGCAAAAAGGCGAGUGUUCGCUCUUUAUAAAUACUGGUCUUGGUUUAUUCCCAGUAGCCUAGGGCAUAUGAAAUGCAUUCACGACUUUGCCUGAAGAGGAUUCAUUUUCACAGCCUGUUAAAUAGCGGUAAUCCUGACCAUGCUUCUCCAAGCUUGCAGCCUCUCUGUUUACGUUAGCACGUGCUUGGAGAAGCAAGGAUUGCAGGUGUUUUGACCCUUACAGACAUCUGGGUUUGAGGAAUCUACAGCCAUCAUAGAAAUGGAGGCCUGAUUUCUGUAACUGAAGGAAAACAAGACCCAGUUCUGGGUACCUGUGAGUUUGCGCUGCGUGCAGCAAACAGUUUAGUCUUUGAAAAUAAUGAAGUGUGGGUUAUGGGUUGGUUUGGGUGUGGGGGGUUGGUUUUUGUUGGGUUUUUUUAGAUGUAUGCACAGACAUACUUUUUUUUUCUCUGCCCUCCCUCAUUAUUCCCUCCCACUUCUUUCCCUUCCCCCACUCUCUCUAAGAAAUCCAGGAAUGCCAUGCCUCUGGUCUUUACCAAUAUGUAUUUGCCACAUGUAGAACAUUUGUGUGCAGGAUUUGGCAUGCAACAUGUUGCAAUUCUGGCAAAGAAGAUUCAGAACUUAUGGGAAAUGCCCUACAGUUCUGGCAAAGAGUACCAUAUUAUUUAUUAACCUAGAGUGCCCUUUGAAAGCUUCAAAGUACUUUACAAGAAAGAAAAUUGCACACAGUACAUUAUUUAAUACAAAAACUUACAUUAGCUUACAAAUUUAAAUUACUCAAACAAGGGGAAAAUAUUUCUCACAGCAAUAUUCGUUCAGUCAUGUUGCACAGCACGUUUUAUAGUUUAGAUUGAACAGAUUAUUAACAAAAAUGCAUAUUAAGAAGAAGUAUCUAGCACAGUAUCUUUUUGAGGAAGAUGCCUAAAAAACUAUUGUGAGACACUUACCUUUUAAUUUCUUGACUUCUGAAGCCAGCUUUUCAAGCUGAAUGUAUACCUAGAUUGCCAGCUGUGUAUAGUUCAGUGUGCAUACCCAGACUUGUGUAUAUAGAGCUAGGAGUGUGUAUCUAUACUGUUGUUUAUAGAAUUUGGCAUCACUGUGAUUUGGCUGGAUUUUUGCAAAGGCAGUGAGUGUUCUACCUCUAACAGCAGUCAGUACCAAAGGUUUUGGGAGGAGUGUGAGAAUAAUCAGUUUUCACUGGCAUGGCCUCCCAGCCUCCCCCAGCAUGGGGCUUGGGGAGCUCCUGACCAGAGCCUGCGGUCAGACCAUCCUCCAUGAAUGUUUAUCCUCCAUCCAUUUUUAACUUACUUACCCUCUUGAGUUCCACCAUGUCUUUUCACAAUGAGUUCAGUUUCAUUAUUCUUUCUGUGGGAAGACUUCCUUUUUUCCCCCCCCUCUCAUGUUAAACCUUCCAUCUAAUCACUUCUUCAUGCCGUCAGUUCUUUUACUGUGACACAUGAGUGAACUUUGCCUUUUCAACAUCCCCGCAGAGGUGAUGAUUUUAUAGACUGUCAUUUCAUUUGUGCUUUCUCUUCCAUCAACACCAAUAUUUAUUUUAUUUCAGAACUUGUGUAAGUACACAAAUACAUGAAAUACAUACAACUUAACCAUUCGGCCUAGGCUGGACCCAAGUUAGAUGGUUUAACAUGAGUAGACACUUCCACUGAGAAUUAUUAUAAAGGACAUACUUGAAUUUUUUGUGAAAAAAAUGGAAAGAUUCAAGUAGAACUAUAGAAAUUUUAAAUGUGAAAAUUAUAGGACUACAUAGUUUCUACUACAAAAAAACAACAAUCCCCUUUUCUGUUGGAGAAUACAGCUCCACCGAAGAUUAAUUGCUUCAUAAAAUCAUACUUGCUAAAAAAUAUGUUUGAGAAAAAAACAAUGGAAAUGUUCCGGCGUUCCCAUCUGGAAAAAAGCUUUUAUAUUAUUCACAAUGUAGUUUAUAUUUUGCAUUGUACUAUAAAAGAAAUGCCUAAAUUGAAAUGAAGCCAAAGUUCUAAUUGAUCAAAAAGAGCACCUCAGGAAAUUUUGAAAUUUCCCAGUUUUAUUUUUACUUUGAAUGCAGACAGAUUUUUUCAGUUCUCUGGUAAUUGUAAUAUUCAUGCUCUGCACAUUUGUUUCAGAUGUAUAGCAGGCCUAGCUUUUGGAGAUGUUGAGCAUCUGCAUAUCCUUGUAAGUCUGCAGGAGGGAUAGGCAGUAUGCAAUCUGGGAGUGCACUAACCUUAUCCUCUGCCAGAAUUAUGCCGUUUGGAAAAAUGAACCUUUAGGAUACAAGUGCAGGAAAGAUGCAGUGAUAAAGAAUCUGGGAAACAGCAAUUUUGUUUGUACCUUAAUGAACUGUGGGUAUUAAAGAUAGUUUUUACCAUUUUUUUUAAUGGAGAAUUUUCUCCAUUAAAACUACGUGGAAAUCGUAGUUAGUGGAGAAUGCAGUUCUUCCUCAUGAGCCCGGAACAGUAUAUUAAACGCAGCAUUAUAUUUAGUAUAGAAUAUUCAAUCCAAAUUCUCCUCUUUCACCUAGACCUCAGUUACUGCCCCGUCUCCAGCCCACUGUCUAACCGGGAGUGACCUGUGCUGCUGCAGCUCAGUCUCCCAGGGAGGAAGCGCAUUUUAGGUUAGUAGGUCUAUGCUGCUGGAAAUCAGCCCUGCAAAAGAUAAGUGCCACCGCAUGUCAUUAAAUAUGAGGAUAGAGUGCAUAUAUUCCUAAACUCUUAAUUCAUCCUGGUAUUUCUUAGAAAUGAAAACCCUUUCAUGUCAGCGUCAUUGUUCUUCAGCUCAGUGUUGUAUUACUAAGGCUUUUGUAGGCAUAGGAACUUUUUACAUUCCUUAGAAUUUUUGUUUGUUGCUUCAUAUGCAACACUGAAUUAAAGUAGCAAGCUUGAAAUAAAGAGGAACUAGUUCACCCUUUUUUCCCCAUCCUUUUUAUAAUGAGAGGGUUUUUAGCAAAA